AAACGGGUUGACUGGCGAGCCAGAGCAAUCUUCUCUGCAGAGCCAACUAAAUCGUAUCGCUGCGGAAAAAGAGUUGGAACUGUUAGCCCGGGAUAUGUCAGUAUGGUCUGAUCAUGGCGGAGAUAUGAAGGAUUCGUAUUUUGGCAACAGUGUGCGAUGUUAUGCGUUUCUUGCCGAUACCGAUUUAUGCUUCCGUGUUAACACGGUGACGGCAUUUUGUGAAGCCAGCAGACUGCUACCACGUAUUAUACAAGCGCUUCUUCCGGUACCAGCCUCGUUCAGAUACGUCCACGCUAACGCCACUUUAAUUGGAAAAGCACAAGUUGGCGCGGACAGUAUUGUUGGCGAGCGCACGGUCAUCCAGGACAAGGUGUCGAUUAAAAAAUCCGUUAUCGGGCCGAACUGUAAAAUAUCGGAAAAGGCCAAAAUCAGUGGCUGUACGAUUAUGAACGACGUUUUCAUCGGAGAAAGUUGUAAUCUUCAGAACUGCAUAAUCGCCAGUCAGGCGCAAAUCGGAGACAAAUCCGACUUGAAAGAUUGCUUGGUCGGACAACAGUUCGAAGUUCCGGUCUCUUCCAAGCACUCCAGUGAUACGCUAACCGAUGGGGAAAGGCUGAUGGAGUACUAAUGUUCUUGUUCGGUCUCUGUUGUAAUGUGCGUUUUUCUAGACUUAUUUUUAUUGUGGAUUUGUAGUCGGUUUUCGUAUAAAUAAGCCUUGAG